AUGUUUUGGUGCAACUGCUCCAGCGUUGACGCCCGCAAGUAUGAGCUCAAGCUAUUUCCCAAGCCCCUCCUCAACACCACGGAACGGACCAAGCGCUCAAAGAAAGGCGUUGAAGACGGAAUUGCCGGACAAGGCAAUAUGCAUGGUCUGAGCAGCACAGGGGCGAGUCUAGGUAUCAGUCUUGGUGCCUAUACAUUGGGGGGCGAAGACGGUCGCUGGCUUGAACUCGAGGUUCUCGCUCGCGAGCUACACAAGCUGGAAGAGGUAUACGCUCAGUUCCGAGAUGUGUGCGGUGAGCUCACCGAAGACCCGGAAGUCAGUCGAGCUAUGAUCGGGUACCUCGGGCACAACUUGGGUACGACUCUCAAGGUCGUAAGCCAUCGGAAGGGUGGAAUGAAACGUGCCUGA